GGGAAAGCUUUGCUUUACUUUCAGUUUCAGUUUCCCACCCCCUCCCUCUCCAGGAACUGCGCCGCACGUAACAGGCUAACAGCCUCCGUCGCAUCCUCCAGUCCCUCCGUCGGCGCCCCUCUCUUCCUCACCCUCCGCCUCUCUGCGACUCACGGCCUUCAUCUCUGCCCUCUCACAGCCUCUCUGCAUCCAACGUUCCCGGCCUCUCCUCUCUUCCUCACUCUCUCAGCGUCUCACGCAGCCCUCCCAUCUCUCACGCAGCCGGCAGCCCCUCUCUCACGUCUCUCUGCUUCGACGAAUCAGUGGAGAAUUAAUGGCGGCGGCAGCAGCAGCAGCAGCAAGAGGGGUCCCGACAAGGUCGGAGGUGCUAUCGCUGUUCCGGUCUCUUCUACGCACAGCCCGGCAGUUCAGUGAUUACAACAUCAGGGAGUACACUAAGCGCCGAACCAUUGAUGGGUUCCGCCUCAACCGGACCCUGUCUGACCCGGAUUCGAUCACCUCCGCCUUCUCUGACGGCAAGGCCCAGCUCGAGGUUGCGAAGAGACAGUCCAUCAUCUACUCCCUCUACGCCCCCAAGGUCAAGAGCAUCAUGGACCUCAAAUCAUGAAAACCCCCAUAAGUUAUGAUUCUAUCUUGUUGCAGCUCUCGAGGACAGUUACCUUUUUAAUUUAUUGUUGUAUUUAUAUAUUAAUUUAUGGGUUCUGACUUGGGAUUUAUGGAGGUUUAGGAAAUAACUGGAUUUUGAGUUUCGGUUAUUGCCAUGCUUUUUUUAGUAAGUAAUAAUUUCUAUGGUUUUUAUGGCCUUGAUAGCUUAA